AUGCUUCUAUAUUAUCUGGCGGCGAUAUUCAAAGGCUUACAUCCACGAGUCGACGACGAUUUUGUGGACAAGCUCAAUUAUCACUACACUUCUGCUAUUAUAUUCGCUUUUGCUAUAAUUGUUUCUGCCAAGCAGUACGUAGGAUAUCCAAUACAAUGUUGGGUCCCAGCACAAUUCACCGAUGCUUGGGAGCAAUAUACGGAAAACUACUGCUGGGUCGAAAAUACCUAUUACUUGCCUCUAACAAGCGCAUUUCCUCUAGAAUACGGUGACAGGAGGGCACGCCAAAUUAGUUACUAUCAAUGGGUUCCCUUCGUGUUAGCUCUUGAGGCACUAUGCUUCUAUAUACCAUGUAUAAUGUGGCGAGGACUACUACAUUGGCAUUCGGGGAUCAAUGUACAAUCAUUGACUCAAAUGGCGUGUGAUGCUCGAAUGAUGGAUGCAGAUGCUCGAGCAGCGACAGUUCAAACGAUUGCUGGUCAUAUGGAAGAUGCGCUGGAAAUUCAACGAGAAGUUACUGAUGUUUCGGGAAUGUGUGUUCAGAAACGAUGGGCUAAUUAUGUCACUUUAUUAUACGUGUUCAUCAAAAUGUUAUACCUUGGAAACGUGGUGCUGCAGGUUUUCAUGUUAAACAGCUUCUUGGGCACGGACAAUCUUUUCUACGGCUUUCAUAUUCUCAAAGAUUUGCUGAAUGGCAGAGAAUGGGAAGUCAGUGGGAAUUUUCCGCGUGUCACAAUGUGCGAUUUCGAGGUACGAGUACUAGGAAACGUUCAUCAUCACACUGUUCAAUGCGUUCUUAUGAUUAACAUGUUCAACGAAAAGAUCUUCCUUUUCCUAUGGUUCUGGUACUUUAUGGUUGCAUUUGUAUCAGCCGUUUCAAUGCUUCACUGGAUUGUAAUCUCAUUCAUUCCUGGACAGCACAUGAAAUUCAUUCGAAAAUAUCUAAGGGCCACUGACCUCGCAACCGACAGGCAGUCUGUGAAAAAAUUCGUCCACAAAUUUCUGGGAUAUGACGGGGUGUUCUGCAUGCGAAUGAUUUCAGCUCAUGCUGGAGAUAUAUUAGCCACCGAAUUAAUAGUGGCUUUAUGGCAUAACUUCAACGAUCGGGUUCGAAAGAGUCCGAUCGAAAUGUUUGAAGGAGGUGUCACUCAAUCACCAAGCAAAUUAGACGCGAAUUUCAAAACAUGGCUUCUUGGCCAAACGAGGGCAAAGCCGCCCUUCGACGGUUCAAAUCCAACGCGCGGAAAGAAACGCCGAAAAUCCGACGGUUACUUCACAUUCGUCUAG